GUCAGCUUACAAUUAGAGGCUUUUGCUUUUCAUGUUUUGCAAAUGGCCCCUCUAUGGCAUUGUUUGGCAUGCAUGACAUAUGCUUUGCCCACAAAAAUAGAAAAAUCAGUCUCAAUUACUGCUAGUAAGUUCUUCAGCAGGGGAAAAACUUGGAAGACAAUCCAUGUGCUCUUGCUUACAUUUUCUUUAAACAAACUCCACCCAUUUAACCAUUUUGCCUCCACACAACUCUCUUCCACACAUUCCAAAGAUUUCACUAUUUCUCCUUUACUUCUAUAUAUACCAAAUGAAGAAUAUCCCACCACAAUACAAACCAAGUCCUUCACAUCAUCUGCAGCCACAAUAUCUUUCCUUGUCUCUUAAGUCAUUCUCCAAACUUUCAACCCUCUUCCUAAAAACCUAAAAAAUUCCUUUGAAACUUGAACAUGGCUAUUCGUUUUCCAGGUGUCUAUCACGCUAAGCAGAUCCUUCGCCGGUCACAUUUGUUUGCAAGACAUGCAACUUCAUCAACAUCAGUAGAUGUCCCAAAAGGCUACUUUGCAGUAUAUGUGGGAGAGGAGGAAAAGAGGCGGUUUGUAGUUCCUAUAACUUUGUUGAGUCAGCCUUCAUUUCAAGAAUUGUUAAGUAAAGCAGAAGAGGAAUUCGGAUUUGACCAUCCCAUGGGUGGACUUACACUUCAUUGCAGAGAAGAUAUCUUCCUUGAUCUCACUGCUAACUUGAAUUGAAUGUGUUUGGGAAACCCAACUGACAUAAAUUAGCAGAGACAAUUUUGUAAGAGUCUUGUCCUUUUUCUUCAAGCAAAAGAAGAAUUUGGGUUGGCUCCAAGCAAGAAUCAAGAAAAGGAAAAAGAAUUUUAUUGGCAAUUGUUUCACUUAAGAAAGUUGUAAAUAGGAAAUUGCUUAUUCUUUUUCUACCACAUAUUAUUGAAUGGAAACUAUUUAAACUCAGAUUUCAUUAGAAA